CGUAGCGUAGUACGCAUCAGCCCUCCCUUCCCUCGAGGCCUCAGUAGUUAGCCACUACUAGCCACUAAACACCAGCAGCAGGGAGGAAUCAGAAGGCUGCCAUGAGGCAAGGAGGGGGCGGAGGCGACGGGGUGAGCCCCGGCAAUGUCCCGGUGUGCUACUACGGCGCGGGCGGGCGCGUGUCGGCCACCCUGGAGCGGCGGGUGCGCGCCGCCGAGGUGCUCCUGCGGUGCGCGGCGUGCGGCCUCGCCGUGCUGGCCGCCGCCCUCCUCGGCGCCGACCGCCAGUCCCGCACCUUCUUCUCCAUCCAGAAGGUCGCCCGGUACACCGACAUGCAGUCCCUCGUGAUCCUGGUGAUAGCAAGCGGAAUGGUUGCCUGUUACAGCCUGCUGCAGGGCGCGAGGUGCCUGGUGAGCAUUAUCAGGGGUGGCAUCCUUCUCAGCAGGCCCUUGGCAUGGGCGAUCUUCUCCUGUGAUCAGGUGAUGGCGUACGUGAUAAUCGGGGCGGUGGCGGUGGCGAUGGAGGCGGCGCUGCUGGGGAAGACCGGGGAGGUGGAGUUCCAGUGGAUGAAGACGUGCGAGCUGUACCAGCGGUUCUGCACGCAGGCGGGGGGCGGCGUCGCGUGCGCCGUCGCCGCCAGCGCCACCAUGGUCGGGGUCGCCCUCGUCUCCGCCUUCAACCUCUUCCGCCUCUACGGCCAUGGCAAGGGCAGCAGCAAGUGAACCCAAAGCCCUCGCUGCGUGCGUGCGUGCAUGCAUGCAUGGCCGGCCUCUGUUAGGUUUUAACGACACCGAAUCCGAAUCCAGUCCGGGGAGAGAACCGUACGUACGUAGCAAAUGUAGCUGCCGUCGCUCGUUUUUACUGUAGUUUGUUGGUGUUGACACGCAUGGUGUCAGUCAGCGUUAGCCAUAAGAAGAAGCUGUGGGAGACAAAAGCUAGACCGGUUUCUCUGUAUAUGAUGUCAAGUGAUCCACAAGGUGUUUGUAGACAGUAAUAAUACUAUGUGCGUAAUAAAAGAGGAGCAAGAAAGCGAUGUAGUGUCA